AUGUCUCAGCCUGCCAGCACAGUUCCAAAAUGUAUGAAUACUCAAGCUAAAAACGCAACUCAGCAUCCAGGAUAUAUCCUGACUGGAGGCGAAGGUCACAUAAAGAGAUGUACCAAAGCUCAAAAGGCCGCUGAUGACCAGCAUGAAAAGGAAGAAAAGGAGGCAAGUGAAAUGGCUGUACAAGAAGGAUAUAAGCGCGUUGCUGUAUUUCAGAAAAAAAUGCAGACAGACCAGGCAGCUACCCGUGCUGAUGUGCCGAAGCCUACUUGUCCCUGCCCACGCCCACGCCCCGUCAAAAAGGCUGUGAAAGACGUGGAGACCUCCAACUUGACUAUGGCUGAGGAUAAGGCCGUGGGCGCCAAUGGCAAGGGUGGUACGGUUGGAGGUAACUUAGCAGCUAGUGCUAAUGUCGAACAUCCUGAGAGUGAUGCAGAGGAGGAGGAAGAGAAACAGGUGCCAGUGGCACACCACAAGAAGGGGAAGAAAGUGUUACCAGUGAAGAUGCCAGUGAGAGAUGUGAUUGAAGCAGCAGAUGCUGACAUCCUUAUCGAAUCAACAGUGGCACGUGAUGGUGAUAAGAAGCUCGAUGAUGUUUCUGCACCAGGUCUUGACAAUUUUGGUGUUGCUGCCAUGCGUAUCCCAAGUUGGAUAUCGAGAAUUCCUGCUGAUUGUUCAAAGUCACCCUCCAACUUGAAAAUCAGACCAUUCCCAUUGCCUUCCGACUUCUCUGGUAUCACUUCCUCCUCUAAGCUCACUAGGGGGAGUACCAUUAGUAGCGGUGGUGCCCUACUUACGCCCAUCAACACUAUCGCCAAUUCUGGGGCUGAUAAUGUGGCAGAUCAUUUUACAACCCUGUUCGCAGACGACGAUUUGGCCGAAUCAGUCGAGCGUUCUCAAGCCCUUACUCGUAUGUCAAAACCCAAGGCUGCUCAGGGUGUCAAGAUUUCUCAUCAGGUCUCUGAUACUUCGGUUCAAAUGAACUUAGCUCAUCGCAAUGCUAACCCGACUCUCAAACAGCUCGACACGAUCCAGCCUGAUGAUGAUUGCGAAAUGAAUGUUGAGGUGGCUCCCCCAGUAGUAACCCCCCUCGUUAACUACGCAUCUGACACUGAUAUGGAAUCUGAUCUCGAACCUCCUCCUUCUACGCAGGUUCCCAAAGGAUAUUAUGAUGUCGACAUCCGCUGGGCUACAGCUCGAGCUCACACAUCCUACCCUACUACUCUGACUUCAAGCGUCAAGCGCAAACUCGCGGAUUUGGAGGAUGACAUAAUCGAGGACAACCUGCUCGAGGACAACCUGCUCGAGGAUGACCUGCUUGAGGACAACCACAUUAAGGACCACUACAUCGAGGACAAUCUCAUCGUUGAUGAUGACUCUAUGGCCGAUCAUGCCUUCGUGAUUGAGGAAGACUCAGCCUCGUCUGAAGUUGAAUUUACUAAUGUUGGUGUCAAACACAGAGCUCGCGUGGCAAAGCGGGCAAAGUCUUCCGUCGCACACACUCAGAGUCUUUCCAGCAUCUCGAGUGUGACUUCUGGUGCUAUGAACCCUAUAGAGGUGGAGAUCCUCCCCCGUUCUGCUUACAGGGUCAAAAACCUUCCUGGAGGUCCCCGAGUUGUAGCUAAGUGGAGUGCCCUGUUCAUCCCUACUCUCAUUCUUGCUAUCGGAGAUCAAGAUGAAGUGUGGGAUCAUGUCGAGUCCGAGAAAACUCUCUGCGCUAUUAUGCAAGACACCUGGGAUGUGGUUUAUCAGGAUAUACCCCACGUAGUCACUACUGAUGGUCCUGUUAUGGCUUUAGCCAUCCAGCGGCUAUCAGAGUGGUGCAACGGCAUUGGCUCUACUGCCAUCUCGGACGAUGUCCGGACUGACCAAGACCGCAAAGAUUUUGCAAAUAACUUACUCUUCGAGCUAGGAUUCUUGUACGGGAGCAUCACACAGGAUGGAAAAUAUAAGAAACCCUUUCAGUCUGAACUCCUUAUUCAAGUCCUUGUACAGCACAGGAAGCUUACGCAUGCCAAGGGUGCUCUUAGUCUUAUGGAACGUGCCCUCAAACUUAUUGGGCUCGAGAACACGCUCAUCAGUGAAUUGGCAGUCAACAGUAAAGGGAAGGCGGUCAAGGUCCCCCACAGUCUGAACAAAGCCUCGGGCAAGACUAGCAAUGCUCGAAAGGCGUUUUCAGACACUAACUAUGGUAUGGCAACCAGGAAUUACAUGAAAUCUAUCAACCACCUUGGAGACUCGGUCCUCCAGGACAUCUGGGAACGCACGAAGGAUAUCGCUGCAAAGAGGCGUGGUGUGCCCCUCACUCCAGACGAGGAUUCUGAGGAUGAGUCAUCUCGUGACUGA